AUCGCCGCAAAGAGCCCUAUAGGGCACACCGCGGCCGGGUGCAACCACUCCUUCUUUCCGCCGCUCCCAGGCUCAGGCCUCCCCGCUCCGCCCCCGCGCGCGCCCCCGCCACCCGCCGCAGUCCGCAUCCACCCAGCCCCGGCAGCCCUCGGUUGCGGCUCCAGGUUCCGCGCAGCGCUCCCGAGGCGGAUCGCGGGAGCGAGCAGGGGAGGGGACCGCAGCCGGCGCCCCAGGGCAGGAGUCCGCUGCGCCUAGUGGGCAGGCGGCCGGAGCUGCGGUAGCUCAGAGGUGACAGCCUGCGCGGGUGGCACAGCCUGCAGGGAGAGGUGGGGCGCGGGAGGGCGGGUGGCUGGAGGGAGAACCUGCAGGCGGCAUGGCGGGGCUGCGGGCCAGGCGGGGCCCUGGGCCGGGGCUGCUGGCGCUGUCCACGCUGGGUUUCUGCCUAAUGUUGCAAGUCAGUGCCAAGAGGCCCCCCAAGACGCCCCCCUGCCCACCCAGCUGCUCCUGCACCAGGGACACCGCCUUCUGUGUGGACUCUAAGGCAGUGCCCAGGAACCUGCCCUCCGAGGUCAUCUCCCUGACCCUCGUGAAUGCCGCCUUCUCAGAGAUUCAGGAUGGAGCCUUCUCCCACCUGCCCCUGCUACAGUUCUUGUUACUCAACUCCAACAAGUUUACGCUGAUUGGAGACAACGCCUUCACGGGACUGUCACACCUGCAGUACCUUUUCAUUGAGAAUAAUGACAUCUGGGCGCUAUCCAAGUUUACCUUCAGGGGCCUCAAGUCCUUGACACACCUUUCACUGGCCAACAAUAACCUGCAGACGCUGCCCAGAGACAUCUUUCGGCCCCUGGACAUCCUGAGUGACUUGGACCUGCGGGGCAACGCACUGAAUUGCGACUGCAAGGUGAAGUGGCUGGUGGAGUGGCUGGCGCAUACCAACACCACCGUGGCGCCCAUCUACUGCGCCAGUCCACCCCGCUUCCAGGAGCACAAGGUGCAGGACCUGCCUCUACGGGAAUUUGACUGCAUCACCACGGAUUUUGUGCUCUACCAGACCCUGUCCUUCCCAGCAGUGUCAGCUGAGCCCUUCCUUUACUCCAGCGACCUCUAUUUGGCUCUGGCCCAGCCAGGCGCCAGUGCCUGCACCAUCCUAAAGUGGGAUUAUGUGGAAAGGCAGCUCCGAGACUAUGACAGAAUCCCAGCCCCCUCAGCUGUGCACUGCAAGCCAAUGGUGGUGGACAGCCAGCUGUACGUGGUGGUGGCCCAGCUGUUUGGUGGCUCUUACAUUUACCACUGGGAUCCCAACACCACACGUUUCACCAAGCUGCAGGACAUUGAUCCCCAGCGAGUGCGCAAGCCCAAUGACCUAGAGGCCUUCCGUAUUGACGGUGACUGGUACUUCGCUGUGGCCGACAGCUCCAAGGCAGGUGCCACCAGCCUCUACCGUUGGAACCAGAAUGGCUUUUACUCUCACCAGGCCCUGCACGCCUGGCACCGGGACACUGACCUAGAGUUUGUGGACGGCGAGGGCAAGCCACGGCUGAUUGUGUCUAGCAGCUCCCAGGCGCCUGUCAUCUACCAAUGGAGUCGUACCCAGAAGCAGUUUGUGGCCCAGGGAGAGGUGACCCAGGUGCCUGAUGCCCAGGCUGUAAAACACUUUCGUGCCGGCCGCGACAGCUACCUGUGCCUCAGUCGCUACAUUGGUGACUCCAAGAUCCUGCGCUGGGAAGGCACCCACUUCUCUGAGGUGCAGGCCCUGCCCUCCCGUGGCUCGCUGGCCCUUCAGCCUUUCUUGGUGGGUGGCCGCCGCUACCUGGCACUGGGCAGCGACUUCUCCUUCACCCAGAUCUACCAGUGGGACGAGAGGCGACAGAAGUUUGUGCGGUUCCAGGAGCUGGCUGUACAGGCCCCUCGGGCCUUCUGCUACAUGCCUGCCGGGGAUGCUCAGCUGCUCCUGGCCCCCAGCUUCAAGGGACAAACACUGGUGUACCGACACGUUGUGGUGGAUCUCAGUGCCUAGAGGGGUGCCCAGGCCUCCGGGGUCCUUAAAGUGGCGCUAGAGGCUGGUAGGGGCCUCUAUGAGCAAGCACAUGUGCCUGUGAAGUCACAUGCGGCCAGCCUGCAUAUGUGCCCUUACACACACACACAUACACACACACACACACACACACACACACACACACACACUCAUGAGCCCGGGGAACAGAUCAUGGACUAGCCCAGGGGAGCCAUUCCUCGUCAAUGUCGUCAGCACGAGCACCUGCGUAUAUGCCAGGCACCCCAGCACCCAGGUCCUCUAGUAUCUGUGCACCUGUUGCUCCCCCAUUCACAGGCCACACCCCCUUUCUCCUGCAUGGGGUAUGCGGAGGGGGACAGCCACACCCUCUUGUUCUCCUGCUUUGCCUUCCCCUAGGUGCUCCAGGUGUUUGUUUAUCUGCUCCCACUCAGUGUUGCAACCCUGGCCACAGCUGUCACUCUCCUAGGUGCACCCGCCCAUGCUGUGCCCCUUCUGCAUGCACACAUGGACACUGGCAGACACUUGGUCACGCACUCACACACACCCAUCCACACUCCCACUUCCUAUAUAAACAUGUCCGGGAGCGCGCGCGCGUGCCGACUCGCCCUGCCGGUGGGCUCACCUCUGUUCUUUCCUCACCACUCUUCUCGGCGGAGCCCACAUCCCUCUUUCUCCUCUGCUCACCCCAGUGUGCCCACCUUGAGGCUGGAAAGGACAAGAAUGGUGGUGAGCCUGUGAUUCCAGUGUGGCCUCCUGAGGACGAAGCCCCUCUGCCCAAAGCAAUAAGCAGCAGCAGUAGUCACCUCCGCGGCCCCUACCCCUGGGUUCUUCCCAGCACCGCCUGCCACUCUUCCCGGAGUUUUCUUCUGUGACCCUGAAUUCCAGCUCACCUGGGGACAGGAGGCGGCUCAGAUGGAAGUUUUCUUUCUGCUUUUCUCUGUAGCUGUUGCCUCCUGGGGCUCCGACCAUCCUCUGGCCCACCCCGUAUUUGGAGUGUGGUCCUGCACUGCGACUGGUCCUUGUGGAGUGCAAGAGCUGACCACGCCAGGGCAGCUGGGAGCACCUGAGCCACCUGUGCAAGAGCCAGGAGUAGAGCGUGGCUUCGAGCAAGCAUCCUGGGGGCCUGGCAGCCCUCUGCUCCACAGAGGCACAACCCCGGGUGGCUGAGCCAGGCUUCUGCUGCCCUCUGCUGUGCGCUGGGGACAGAGCUUCAGGAGCGAGGCUGGUGGAGAUGGGGAGUGUCCAGAGUGCUAGGACUCUUUGUGGCAGGAUGCCCAGGGACACUUGGGGGCAAUGCUAUGAUUCACUUGCUUCAAAUAAAAAGUUCCACCCCACUGCCAGCUCUCAAAUGUCAUCA